AAAUUGGCUAAUCGAUAAUCCUACAAUUCUAUAAUAACAGCUCUACAUGCUUUCAAUCCAUAUAGGCUACUUACUUUUGCAACAGGUUACAACCAUUUUUACACCGAUAUAAGUGACAAUACGAUAUUAAAAUCGCUUGUUAAAACUCCUAUUUGUUUAUUUGUGUAAAUUCCAGACUGUUUUCACACCAAGUUGCUUCCCAGGGAAACAUCUAUUAUCCUAUUAUCACGGCGAUGCCAAUGUCGCCACAGUGUGAGGCAGUAUUUACAUGACUAUAUACCGACAGCUCCUGAAAGACUUUAUGGCUUUGUAGUCACUGUCUUUCCCACUGGGACACUGGUGCCAUUUCCCAAAUUCAAACUCCACAUGUAUCCUUUUUAUCGUCACAGAAUAAGGUUAAAAUAUGUCGACUACUCUUAACUAUCUUUACAGUGACCCUAUGCCCAAAUUCUUGUUCACCAAAUUGUCUCCUUGCACCGUUUUAAUUUUAAGUUACAUCUAAAUAAAUACGAACAAUAAAAUGUUUAUUAUAACUUUAUGUUGUGUUCAUUUUUUCGUAAUGUCCUCCUGAGAUAAUAUGCGAUGUUAAAAUGUGCUUGGUGUGUUUUAUUUCGUGGGAAGAAAGUAUGAGGAUUAAGGCCUGGGAACGACAGGUGAAUGAAUGAGGGGCUGUUUCACUGUCUGCGUCACUUCUUUGAAGUGCACUUAUGCACCGACGGCUCCUAUUUGUCUCUAUAGGACGCAGCAAUCAAUGUCGUCGUUGAAGCCUUUUCACAGCGAAACGUUACCUGCAGGACAAAUCUGUCAAUCAAAGGGGCAUGACCAUAUAAAUAUCAUCAGCGUGGAGUCCGGCUACAGCUUCAGUUGCCUUCUUCUCUCGUGGUACUCACAUCUCUUGGAUACAAACUAACAGGACUUAGUGUGGAUUACAGCUACGAUGGGACCUUUGAAUUUUCUCCCAGCCUUGCUUCUAUCCAUGUGCUGUCAUGUCCAGUUUACAUUAGCUUGGACGGUGAAUAACUUCCUCAUGACUGGACCAAAGGCUUUUCUGACCUAUGCCAGCAGUGUGCAGUUGGGCGCACAGAGUGGAAUACAAGAGUGUAAACACCAGUUUGCGUGGGAGAGGUGGAACUGUCCAGAGAACACGCUCCAAUUAUCCACACACAACGGCCUGAGAAGUGCCACAAGGGAGACAUCUUUUGUCCAUGCCAUCAGCGCAGCCGGGGUGAUGUACACGCUCACCAAGAACUGUAGCAUGGGUGACUUUGACAACUGUGGCUGCGAUGACUCCAGGAUUGGACAGACAGGUGGACGAGGGUGGAUUUGGGGUGGCUGCAGUGACAAUGUAGCAUUUGGAGAGAAGAUCUCCAAACAGUUCGUGGACGCACUAGAAGGUGGUCAUGACUCGCGCGCAGCAGUCAACCUGCACAACAAUGAAGCAGGCAGACUGGCAAUCAAAGCUACCAUGAGGAAAGCCUGUAAGUGUCACGGAGUGUCCGGGAGCUGCAGCAUCCAGACCUGCUGGAUGCAGCUGGCCGACUUUAGGGAGGUGGGGAGCUACUUGAAGAUGAAGCACGAACAAGCGAAGAAGCUGGAGAUGGACAAGAAGCCUGCAAGGGCCGGAAACAGUGCAGACAACAGAGGAGCCAUCGCGCACACUUUUCGGAGCAUCGCUCGGACGGAGCUGAUUUACCUGGAGGAUUCCCCGAAUUACUGUGUCAAGAACCUUAGCCUGGGUUAUCAGGGCAUGGAGGGGAGGGAGUGUCUGAAGGGGAGUAAGAGCACGGGUCAUCGGGAGAAAAAAAGCUGCCGCAGGCUGUGCUCUGAAUGCGGCCUCAGAGUGGUGGAGAAGCGCAUUGAGGUUGUGAGUAGCUGCAACUGCAAGUUCCACUGGUGCUGCACAGUCAAGUGUGACAAAUGUAUGCAGGUUGUUACUAAAUAUUACUGCGCACGUAGAGAGGGCGGAAGAAAACCACAAAACAAAACGAGGCGCAGACACCGCGAGCGUCGGCAAUGAAAACCAGAUGUUGUAAAGACUUCUCAUUACACUCAGCGUUGGGGACAUCAUUGAUUAUAACUCUGUAUUAGAACAUGUUUAUUUAUAUUCACUUGUUCUUAUCACCUGGAGCCUUUAAAUGCACUUUAUCUGAUGGAUUUCAUUUUGCUAUUCUAUCAGUUCAAUUCUUUCAGGACCUAACUUUCCACGCAUGCUCACACGCUGGUGUUCGUGAUAAGGGACUGAUGGUCAGAUGUAUUGUUUGUCUUCUGUGAAGACUGAAAAAUGUCUAAUAUUUUAUGUUUAA